GUUGCCGAGGGAAAUACAAAGGGAAACGAAAGAUGUCCGAUUGGGGGCCGAUUAUCGUGGCGGCGGUGCUGUUCAUACUGCUAACACCGGGGCUGCUGAUUCAGGUUCCGGGAAGAUCACGGCUCAUCGAGUUUGGCAACUUCCAAACCAGUGGACUAUCCAUCUUGGUGCAUUCCGUAAUUUACUUUGCACUCCUUUGCUUCCUACUCUUAGCUGUUGGUAUCCACGUGUAUCGAAGCAACUCUCUUGUAAUGGCAGAUUGGGCACCUGUACUCAUCGGGGUGGUGUUAUUUGUGCUGCUACCACCGGGGCUUCUGUUUUCAUUUCCGGGGAACAAGAAGCAGCUGGAGUUUGGGAGCAUGAAGACUAAUGGCAAGGCCAUUGCUAUCCACACUCUUCUUUUCUUCUCCAUCUAUGCUGUUUUGAUCAUAGCCCUCCACCUCCAUAUCUACACCGGCUGAGUCCCACCAGUGAGAUUCAAGAUCUGUGUUGGGUUCUACUUGCUUUAUCAAUCUUUGUAUUAGCUUCUUUCAGUUUGUGGCACAUAACUUUAUUACCCAAAGCUUACUUUUUUUUCAACUCUUUCAAGUGAAGGACAUUAAUAUUGGGAUUUGAUUGAUUAUCUUUGUCCCAUUUCUUAAGCUUACCAUCUGAAUAAAUUAAACGCCGGCGACCUGUUUUUGGUUGCUAUAUUAUGUUAAAAGCUUUGUUUUUUUCGAUGCUGGGAUUCAGUGCUUUU